AUGUCCAUGGCUUUCAAAGAAACCAAGUACUUGCGGCUAGUAGAUGGGUCCAUCUGGGGACUAUGUACAAUAGAUUUGUUUGGCCUGGGCAUGGACAUACCUGAUGUGAUGCUUGUCAUACAAUGGAACUUGAGGGGGUCAGCUCUAAUCUUUGCAGAGAGGGAGUUCUUCAAUAAUGAAAGAAAGAAAAAAGAGGAGCAGAAGAAACUGAAAGGGAAGAAAAGAAAAAGAAGCUCACUGAAUGCCCAAGGCAAACACUUGGCUGCCAUUUUGUGCAAGACUGACAGAGCACCAAGAGCUUUAGUCAUUAAUGCAGGUGCUACAAAUCCAGAGGGGGCUGAUGACUCAACAGAUAUGGAUUUGCAGGGUGAAGAGGAAUCAACUGUGCAUAGACAAGAAAAGCAACCGCAAGCAGGCUGGGGUAAGAAAUUGAAGAAAGCCAAGGAAGAAUUGAAUAUUGGGAUUGAUUUCUUAAUAAAUGCUGAUGUACGUGGUGUAGGCUGCAGACAAACAGUGUUUGAUGUCUAUUUUGAAAAUCAAGAUGCAGAUUCUGAUCACACCAAUUGUGACCCAUCAAACCCCACAUCCGUUGCGACAUCCACAACCCAGACCAUUUCAGUCAAUACAAACAGCAAGUCAUUAAACCACCAAAAAUAUCCAAACGCUCCCAACUCAAUAACUAUUCCAUGA